CUCUCACUGUCUCCUUUCUCUCUCUCUCAUGUCCUCUUUUCUCUCUUACUAGCUCUCACUCCCGCUACAGUAUAUCCGACAGCAGGUAUUGAUUGCAGUGAUAGAGGGAAAUGUGUAGGUAACUUUUUUUAUAAAGGGUUCCUUUAAUGUAAAUGUUGAAUUUGACUGCGGUAAAUGUCUAUUCUAGAUGGUUAUAUUCCUCCAGGCAGAUAUGAAACAUGACCAUGUGCACAGAUAGAGGUUUAGCAGGCUGGACUGGACUACUGUAGUGUGCGCUUCAUUAAAGCCACCAUGCUUUUCCACCAUGACGGAAAUUAAACAUUUAAAGGGGAAUUCCACCCCGUGAUAAUUAUGAUCCUCGCUAUGCCUUUUAUUUCCUGAGUCUAGACAAAAGAUUUGGUCUACAUCAGAAACGGAACACUGUCUGUCUCCCAACUCAUCACUAAGGUGAGCCCAUUCUAUGGACUGAGUAUAAUGGAUCUAUAGGCUAAAAAGGACUUCAUGAAUUGUUAUACAUUAUUAUCAUAGUAAUAGUACUGUUGUCUAGUUUGCAAUUCUAAAUAAUGUAAAUUAAACUAAUUCCAAUACAGUUGUAAGUGUACUAACAGUGUAAAAACACUACUUAAGUGUAUUGUCAAUGUCAUUACUAUGGUGAAUAUAAACGUUUUUCUGUAUUGUAUAAUGGAACCCAAUCAAAUUUCAUUUUAAAAAUGUUUUUUCCAGUGUUGAAUUGAAGUUAUUCAAUGUUUUUUAUUUUGUUGACAUUAUUUAUCAACAGAAUCAAAUGUAAUUUCUUCCACACAACAACAAUAGGCAACAUUGAAUUAAAAUGUCCCGUGCUUCAAGAAUUUAGCUGCCUUGAAUUAGUGGUUCGAUUGCUCCAUCAGGCUGUCAAAAGAAGGCAUUCUCAAGGAGAAAAAAGCCUUCUGAUUGGGUACUGGGGUUGGACUUAAUUGAAACCAUAUGUAUAGCAUGAGGAAUUCUGGGAUUUUGGCAUGCCCCCAAGAAUCCUCAGAAUGUGACGUUUUUUUUUCUCUCUUUCUCUCCCUCCUCUCCGAGCUCCCUUUUUUUCCAGGGGUGUCUUGCAUCAGUUCAGUGUAUGUGAGAGGGACCUGAGCUGAGUGAGAGUGAACAGAGCGAGAAUAGGCAGGCUUGGAUUCUAACAGACUGAACUGGGGACACGGACACUCACAGGAAUACUCCACCGCCACCUCGGGAACAAAUGUUUUGAAAGGAUAAACUCUUUAAAACUGUCCUUCCUCUCUCUCCUCGGCUGCUAAGUGUGUGACUGUGAGUGAGUUGCCUCGGCCCUCCCUCACGCAUCUUCAUUCAUUGGUUGACACCAGGUGUCUGAUUGACAGGAACAACAGGUUUGAAGACCCUCUCUGUGUGUGUGUGUGUGUGUGUGUGUGUGUGUGUGUGUGUGUGUGUGUGUGUGUGUGUGUGUGUGUGUGUGUGUGUGUGUGUGUGUGUGUGUGUGUGUGUGUGUGGGAUGAAGCGCCAGUGGGACAAACACUUCCCGUUGCUCAUCCUUCUCUAUCUGGUAGGAGACGUCACCUCACAGGUUAACCCAGGUGUGUGUCGGUACCCUCUGGGGAUGUCAGGAGGGCAGAUUCAGGAUGAAGACAUCUCAGCCUCCAGUCAGUGGUCUGAGUCGACUGCUGCUAGAUACGGCAGGUUGGACUUUGAGGAGGGUGAUGGUGCGUGGUGUCCAGAGAGAACGGUGGAACCAGACAGCCUGAAGGAGUUCCUCCAGAUAGACCUGCGUUCCCUCCACUUCAUCACCCUGGUGGGCACCCAGGGCCGCCACGCAGGGGGCAUCGGCAACGAGUUCGCCCAGAUGUACAAGAUCAAAUACAGCCGUGACGGCAGCCGCUGGAUCUCCUGGAGGAACAGGCAAGGCAAACAGGUCAUUGAGGGGAACAGGAAUGCAUAUGACAUCAUGCUGAAGGACCUGGAGCCUCCGAUCAUCGCCCGCUUCGUGAGGUUCAUGCCCGUCUCAGACCACUCUAUGAACGUCUGCAUGAGGGUGGAGCUCUACGGCUGUGAAUGGCUCGACGGUCUGGUGUCCUACAACGCUCCAGCAGGAGAACAGAUGAGUCUUGAGGGCCAGCCUGUCCACUUCAACGACUCGGUGUACGACGGAGCCGUCAUCAAUAGUAUGACGGAGGGCCUGGGCCAGCUGACUGAUGGAAUGUGUGGAUUAGAUGACUUCACCCACAGCCACGUCUACAAUGUGUGGCCUGGCUACGACUACGUAGGUUGGACCAACGAGAGCUUCCCCAACGGAUACGUGGAGAUCAUGUUCGAGUUCGACCGCACACGCAACUUCACCACCAUGAAGGUGCACUGUAACAACAUGUUCACGCGGCAUAUCAAGGCAUUCCGCCAGGUGGUGUGUUACUUCCGUUCCGAGGCUGACUGGGAGGCCACGCCCCUUUCCUUCAGCCCUGUGGUUGACGACGUCAAUCCCAGCGCCCGAUUCAUCACUGUCUCUCUGGCCAAUCACAUGGCCAGUGCUAUGAAGUGCCAUUUCUACUUCGCUGACACCUGGAUGAUGUUUAGCGAAAUCACCUUCCAGUCAGACACAGCCAUGUACAAUACUACCCUGGCUCCGCCCAAGACUGGCAGUGGCCCCCCCACCAGCACUCAACCAGGGGAUGACCCCACCCACAAAAUAGACGACAGCAACACCAGAAUUCUGAUUGGCUGCCUGGUGGCCAUCAUCUUCAUCCUCGUCGCCAUCAUCGUCAUCAUCCUCUGGAGGCAGGUCUGGCAAAAGAUGCUGGAGAAGGCCUCGCGGCGGAUGCUGGACGAUGAACUAACUGCUAGUCUGUCACUACAGAGCGAGACAUUCGCCUACAGCCACAACAACCCAUCAUCGUCAGCACCCAGCGAACAGGAGUCUAGCUCCACCUACGAGCGUAUCUUCCCCCUGGGCCCUGACUACCAGGAGCCUUCACGACUGAUACGCAAGCUGCCUGAGUUCUCCCACAGCUCGGAGGAGGCCGCAUUGACCAGCACAGUGGUGGCAGUGACAGCCUCCAAGGCUCCCACGGCAACAUUUGCCCAGGACGGAGUCCCUCACUACGCCGAGGCAGACAUCGUCAACCUGCAGGGCGUAACUGGGGGCAACACGUACGCGGUCCCUGCUCUAACCAUGGACCUGCUGUCAGGGAAAGAUGUGGCGGUGGAAGAGUUCCCCAGGAAACUGCUCACCUUUAAAGAAAAGCUGGGCGAGGGACAGUUUGGAGAGGUCCACCUGUGUGAGGCAGAGGGCAUGCAGGAGUUUAUGGAUGAGGAUUUCUCCUUCGACAUCAGUGACAACCAGCCAGUACUGGUGGCUGUUAAGAUGCUAAGAGCAGACGCUAACAAAAACGCCAGGAACGACUUCCUGAAGGAGAUUAAGAUCAUGUCUCGUCUGAAGGACCCUAACAUAAUCCGUCUGCUGGCCGUGUGUAUCUGCAGUGACCCCCUCUGCAUGAUCACAGAGUACAUGGAGAAUGGAGACCUCAACCAGUUCCUGUCCCGCCAUGAACCUGAAGGACAGCUAGCGCUCAUCAGCAACGCACCCACCGUCAGCUACGGUAACCUGUGCUACAUGGCCACUCAGAUUGCCUCAGGGAUGAGGUACCUCUCCUCGCUCAACUUUGUCCACAGAGACCUGGCCACGAGGAACUGUCUGGUGGGGAAGAACUACACCAUCAAGAUCGCUGACUUUGGCAUGAGCAGGAACCUGUACAGCGGAGACUACUACCGCAUCCAGGGCCGGGCCGUGUUGCCUAUACGAUGGAUGUCCUGGGAGAGCAUACUGCUGGGAAAGUUCACCACAGCCAGUGACGUGUGGGCAUUUGGGGUGACGCUGUGGGAGACCCUGACCUUCUGUAACGAGCAGCCUUACUCCCAGCUGACUGACGAACAGGUCAUAGAGAACACUGGCGAGUUCUUCAGGGACCAGAAACGCCAGGUCUACCUUCCCCAGCCAGUGCUGUGUCCUGACUCUGUGUAUAAGAUCAUGCUGAAUUGUUGGAGGAGGAACACCAAGGAGAGGCCUUCCUUCCAGGAGAUCCACCGAGCACUGCUGGAGAGCCAAACUUAGGGCCAGUACCCCUGGGCCAGCACACACACACACAUACAGACAGACGGACGGAUGAAACGCAUCAACAACACAUUACGUAUCCAUCAAAAGUUCAACUCAAUUCAACUAAUGAUGCACGGUAAAAGAAAGGCAAAAAUUACAAAUGGCUGUCAGAUUGUCUCAGAUAGAGAAGCCAAAGUGAAUUGUAGCAAUGAAAGUUCGGUACUUUUAAAAAUGUAUAAUUUAUACAAAAUUAAACUAUAAAUGAGUGUUCCCAUCUUGUUUAAUGUAGUGUAUGGUAUUGGCACGCCUAUGAAUUAAAUUGUGUUUUCUUUAAGAAGACUGCUUGAAUGUAAAUAAGAUUGCAAGUUUCAUUGAUGUCUUAACAAAACAUAAGUGUUCAGUUUGGAGAUUUUUGGUGAAUUUUUAUAUUUGAAAAGGUUAUUCAUCUCAGUCAGUCUGACAGUUUAUUCAAAGCCAACAGGGAUAAUUAUGUUUUCAUAAAAAUAAUGCAUUAUAAGACUUGUCAUAAGCAUGAUGCUGACUUAUUAUCAGCCCAUUUCAAUUAACAUUAUAACAUUAUACCUAUUGGCUUUUGAUUAAUGAGUUACAAGUGAUAAACAAAUUCAUAACAUGGACACUAACCAAAACUCAACCAUGUCUCAACUGUAGUACUCUGGCAUACACUCUGCUACAGUGUCUGCCAGUGAUAUUUGACCAAGAGUGCUCAGAGACAUCAAUAUGUAU